AUGUCCAAUAAAGGACCUUCCGUGGGGAAGGACCAGAAAAAUGGGAAGAGUGAUGACAGUACUGAUCUGACAACGAUUUUAGACGAGCAUCAAAGGGGAGAGCUGACCUUGCUCAUCGCCAAUCUCACUGAAUCCAUGCGCAAAGUCAUCAUCGAUAACUUCGAUGCCUCGGCUGGAGGAGACAAGAGCCUCUCACGCGAUGGAAUGACAGAGGAUGAGAAGCUCAUGGCCACAGACCCCUCCACUGCAGAUGUUGGCGCAUAUGAACGUGAACAAAAACUGAAGGAGGAGAAUCUGAAAGAUCUUGCGACCCCCAAGAUGAAGAACUUGAAGAAAAACUCCCUGAAAUCUUACGAUGAAUGGCGCGAGAAAGUCAUUGAGCGUGUUGGUCAGGUCGUUAAUAGCGAACGCACCGCCAGAGACCAAGUACAGCAAAACUCAGGGACGGCUGAUGUCUCCAAACCUCGUGCACCAACAACGGUCGGUCGUAUUAUGGAGGUACCGAACAAAAUGGUCAACUUGAAGUUCAAGGAUUUGUUUCCUCCAGCAAAGACUCCACUCACGAAAAUGACUAUGAGCCAACGCACUUUGAUACUUCAUGCUUUGCUCCUGCUCCUGCUUUCUCUUGAGCAUUACAAUGCGCUUUCACGUAUUCUGAUGCUCAAUCUCACAUCUUCAUUAAAGUUGCCUUUGAAGACCUUCGAACAAGAUGAGUACACGACAGCUAAAGGUCUUCUCGAGGCUGCAAAAGAGAUGUCUGCAGAUGAGGAGACGAAGAAGAUCGCCGAGGAGAACAAGGAGUUGAGAAUCAAGAAAGUCCGUAUUGCGACUGCCGCUGGUGCAGCCAUCAUGGGCGUCACUGGUGGGUUGGCUGCUCCAAUGAUUGCUGCAGGUGUUGGCUCCGUGAUGGGUGGUCUCGGUCUCGGUGCGACUACUGCAGCCGCUUAUCUAGGAUCUGUCGCUGGAAGUACCGUGCUGGUGGGCGGACUGUUCGGAGCAUACGGUGGUCGUAUGACUGGCCAGAUGAUGGAUCACUAUGCUCGGGAGGUGGAAGAUUUCCAAUUCCUCCCCGUGCAUGGCAGUAGCGACAAAAAGACCAGUGAGGAUGAAAAGCAGGGUGCAGAAGAAGCCAGUGAGCACGAUCACAAACUUCGAGUGACCAUUUGCAUAUCCGGUUGGUUGACUGAAAAGGAAGAGGUGGUGAAGCCCUGGCGCGUGAUGGGCGUUGGAGCAGAAGUGUUUGCGCUCAAGUACGAGUUGGAAGCACUUCUGAAUCUCGGAAAUGCUAUGAACGGCAUGGUGCAGUCUGCGGCCUGGGGCUAUGCUCAGAAGCAACUGAUCUCCCGCACGAUAUUUGCCGAAUUGGCGUCUGCUAUGUGGCCUAUAGCCUUACUUCAGGUUGGCAGGGUGAUUGAUAACCCUUUUAGUGUUGCCAAGUCUCGAUCUGAGAAGGCCGGUGAAGUGCUUGCUGAUGCAAUCAUAAACCGUGCACAGGGUGAGCGACCAGUAACGUUGAUCGGGUAUUCGCUUGGUGCAAGAGUCAUCUAUACUUGUCUGAUGACGUUGGCCAAACGAAAGGCCUUCGGACUUGUGGAGAAUGCAGUAUUGAUUGGAUCACCAACUCCAAGUGAUACAAGUGAUUGGCGAAUUCUCAGGAGCGCCGUGGCAGGACGACUAGUGAAUGUCUACUCUUCGAACGACUAUGUCCUCGGGUUCAUGUAUCGCACUUCAGCGAUCCAGUAUGGUGUUGCCGGUCUACAAAAGAUCAACGGCCUGGCCGGUGUCGAAAAUGUUGAUGUCUCGGAAGACGUCUCGGGGCAUUUGAGGUACAGAUACCUCAUUGGUAGUAUACUGAUGAAAAUUGGGUUCGAAGACAUAGACAUCAACGCAGUGCAGGAAGAGCGCAAGGAGCUCCAAAAGAUGGAGGAGCGUGAGAAGAAGGAGUCGCUUCAGUCUCAGCGGCGGUGGCUGCUUCGUCGCGAAUCUACGGGAGGGAAAGCGGACGAAGAGGCAGAGGGCAAAGCUGAAGCGGCUGAACUCGAGAAGAAGGUCCAAGAACAAACUCAAAAGUCUUUGGUCACCAGGGCCAUUGAGUACUUCUACAAUCCAGGCAUCCCCAGUGCCAAAGAUGCAGAAAAGGUCGCAGGUAACAUUCAAAAUAUCGGCAAAGAUCCAAGCAAGGCUGGCCAAGCAGCUGGUGAUGCCAUCAAGGAUGUUCAGGCUUCUACUCAGAGCUAUGCUACUAUGCUUUACGAGAAGUUACCGAGCAUGCCACAUGUACCUCGUUCAGCACCAACCACUAGUGCCAAUAAGUCUACUCCUGCAGAUACCAAGCAAGCUACAGGUCAGGUAUCUGAGGCAGUCAAGAAUGUGAAAGGCUCCGGUCAAAGUUAUGUCCAACAGGCAUCGUCCUAUCUUCCAUCACUGCCCAGCAUGCCUUCACUCGGCGGGGGUGGUGGUGGCAGCAAGGACGCAAAGAAGAGUAAAACACAACCGAAAACUCCAGCUGAAACAGCCUCCACUUCCGCCUCUAAGGCAGCAGACACGACAAGCUCAGCGGCGAGGGAAACAGCGGGUGUUGUUUCAGAUGUUGUCAACCCAACUGUGAAAAAUGUAUUGAAUCCAAAGGACAAUCCUGUCGUCAAGUCGGCUCAAAAAACGACAAAGCAGGCACCUAUUAUUCAUCAAGCCGCAGAUAGGACUCCCGCGCCUGUUAAAAAUGUAGCAAAGGGUGCUUCGGAUGCUGUUGGCACCACGGCGCAAAAUACUGGACAAACCGUACAAAAGCGCAUCGACAGUUCAACCGAGAAAGCCCGCGAUGCAGCAAAGACCACAACCUCGGGUGUCACAAGUGCUGCGAAGUCAGGGCAAUCCUAUUCCUCAAGAGCAGCUUCAUAUCUACCUGAAAUGCCCAACAUGCCAUCCUUUAGCUUCAUCGGACGGGAUUCCAAAGAAGGGACAAAGGCAGCAGCACCCAAGCUUGAGAAAAGAGCAAGUUCAUCCAAGAAUAUCAAUGUCACAACGAAGUCCAAAAACGAAAAGCAGGCACCGCCAAAACUUGCAAGUCGUAGCAGUUCGGCCAAGAAUGUUAAUGCUGCGAAUUCAGCUCCCUCGGCAGGAACGCAAUCGUCCCCAGCAAAUACUCUGUCUCGAGUUGCAUCAGGUCUGAAGUCUCCGAAGGUGCCCACAAAACUAGAUGGCUCUGGAAUCAAAUCUCCAGCUCUACCAACGCGACUCGAUUCCAUUCCUGGUAUUAGUGGUUCGAAAUCACCACCAACCUCGGUUCCUACCUCCGAUCUAGUUCGACGAAUUUCGUCGGGCCUGAAAUCUCCGCCAAAACUGGGCCCUCGGAAAACCAGCAGCCAAAUCAAUCAAAGUCAGAGCUCCGGACCAGAACCAGGAGCAUUGGGCGAGAAAUUGAGCAGUAUCCCUUCGGGUGCAAUGGAUAUGGGAAAGAAUGUUGGCGGGCAGGCGAAGGGUCUGAUUGGUGGAAGUGGCGAUGGCAUCAAGUCUCCUCCUGCAGCUUCUACUGGGGGUAUCAAGAGUCCCAGGACCUCAAAUGUUAAGUCUCCUGCACCAAUCUCCAAGAGCACAGCAGCGCCGGACAAGGCGCAAAAGAAAGGUUCUGACACGAGUGCUAUGCCUUCCAUCCGUGGUACAGGGGCAGCAAAAGGUGUGACAGAUGCCGCAUCUUCUGGUGCUCAGCAAGGAGCGGGAAAAGCAAUGGACACGGGCAGGGCUGCAGCUCAGCAGGGUGGUAAGGUCCUGGGCGGCUUGGGCCGUGGUCUGGGUUUUGGCAGGUGA